UAAAAAUCUGCGUUUUUGUUUUUAGGGUGAAUUUUUAACAUUGCGUCAUGGGUCUGCGGAUGAAAAAUAGUCUUUUUGGCUAACUCGUUUUCAUUUACAGCCUUGUUUAUUAAUGUGUAUCUUUCACAGGAUAGCAUAGGAUAAGUGUAAGACAGCAGUGUCUGUAUUAGCAAAAAGAGGAAAUGAAAUUAUGCUAUAGAGUAGAUGUGAUAUUCUCACUAAUACAAACAUAGACAACACUGGCUAUCUGGGCACAUCUGUGAACAGACUACUAGCGAGCUGGACGACAAGUUUAGUACCAAACAUUUUAUCAAGACAGAUUCAAGGAGUCUCCGUAAAAUGAACAGAAACAGCAGCUGUAACAGUACAUUUUCUAAGGACUUGUUACCUCCUAUCUACACUGUAGAGAUGUGUGUGGCACUGGUGGGGAACAUACUGGCACUGUGGCUGCUUGUGACUAAGGAGAAGAAGAACUGGCAUAUGGGCGUAGUGUUCUCCUGCAACCUGAUCAUCAGUGACAUCCUUUAUGCCCUCACACUCCCACUUCUCAUCGUCUACUAUUCAAGAAGACGGGUCUGGGUAUUUGGUAAUGCACUCUGCAAAAUAGAGCGUUUUCUUUUCACCUGUAAUCUCUACGUCAGCAUUUACUUCUUCAUGUGCAUCAGUGUCCAUCGAUACCUGGCCAUUGUUUAUCCAAUUUUUACACGCAAACACAUUCGCCCAAAACACGCCAAGAUCAUCAGUGUGUUUGUCUGGAUAUUUGUUGCAAUCAUUUCAUCUCCAGUCCUCUACUAUUCAGGUCUGAAUAAGGUCAGAUGUUCCUUAUUUGCAAAUUACAGAAGUAAAGCACUUAAACCUACCAAGACAACCUACAGAUUGUUUAUGGCAGUUACAGGCUGUUUGGUCCCUUUUGUAAUUACUUUUGGAUCCUAUUUUGGUGUAAUAAUGGCUGUUUUUAAAAAUGCAAAUAUCACCUCACUGCAGAAGAAAAGAGUGGCACUAAUUGUGGGUUUAGGUUGCAUCCUGUACACCGUGUCGUUUGUCCCCUUUCACAUUCUGCAAAUAUGGAAUUUUAAACUGAUGAACACUGGUAAGGUCAAUUGUUAUGUGCUUAAUGGAUACCAAGUGUCAAAGGCAUUAGCCUGCCUGAACAUGUGCCUUCAUCCCAUCCUGUACAUGGCUGUGUUUGACAGUAUCAGAGCAGUGUGCUGCAGAAGGAGCUCAAAUGUAUCAAGCAUACAAAUCACAGGAGAACACUCACUGAAAGAAAUUGAAUUGAAAUACAGAGACUGAGACUACACAACAUUCUGUUUUGGUUUGGAUUUAUGUUUGGGGUCAUUAUCCAGAUGAAAUUUUCAUCUAUCUGUCAGUUUUGGGCUUUAAUGGUACUGUAGUUAUUAAAAUUGAUAAAACACAGCGUUAAUGUUGUACCUUCAUAUUUUAUUUUACAGUGAGUUUGAGGAAUUUUCCUUUUAUGAAAUUGCUAUUGUUGUUGAUGUCUCAAUAUCUAAACAACUUCCAGUCGUAGAUCCAUCUCAGUUCUUCAAAAUAGUUUGUUGUUGUGGAGAUCGUGUUUAGAAAAGGGUAUUGAAACUUAAAAUCACACCAACUGUGUAAUUCUGAUGCUUUCAACUUGUGUUCUUCAGCAGCUUUAGCUUUGGUUUGUCAAGCUUGCAGUGGACAUUUAGAUUGAUACUUUUGAUUAUUUAAGAGUAAAUGCUGUGAGUACAAAAUGGCGAAAGUUGAAGAAGAAGCUCAAAUUCUUCUUAUCUUUGUUUAUUUUGUACAGUGCAAAUACAAAAACAGCGCUUGUUCAUUUUUUAUUUAAAAUAGAUUAUAUUGAUGUGCUACUGUCCCUGUCUUUAGCAAAUGAGAUAAAACUGCAUGAUAAAAGCUGUAUCUUUAGUUUUCUGCUAAUAUAAACGAUUAUAGAAAUUUUUUCAGUCUUUGUUUUAGACAUGUUUUA